AUGGGCAGAGAGUGGCUGCAUUGGGGCAGCGGCGGCGGCGGCGGCGGUAGACACCGGCGGCGGAGGACAACAACCAUGGCUCCAGAAGAAACCACCCCACCUGGUGGAUGCAUCUGUGCUGUUUUCCAUCUCUUCGAUUUGCAGCCCUUUCAGCUUCCUCUCAACCAAAGCCACCUUCAACAACAACAGCCCACUUCAUCACCAAAAGUAGGAAUAGAGGCGCCAAGGAACAGCCUGGAGUCAGACAUUAUUCACCAAGAAGUAGAACCACCAAGUUUAAACUUUCCUGGAGGGCUUCAAAUCAAGACAAGGGUUUCUUCUUCUACAAAGUCAGGGACAGAUCAGGAGAAUUGCAGCAGCAGUUCUCCAGGGACUGCAAGCAGCACAACAACAACAACAACACCAAGUCUAGUGGCCAGGCUCAUGGGGCUGGAUAUCCUCCCCCAAUCCACCUCCCCUUCAUACUCCUCCAACCCUAAAAACUUCAAUCUAACCAAAACUAAAAAAGACAGGCACCACCAAAUUCUUGGAAGAAGAUUACCAAGCAGGAGCUUCUCUGAUGAUGACAUUAUCAGGAACACAGACACUCCUCCAAGAAUGUCUGCUGGCAGGAGGAGGUCAGAUGUGGAGUGCCACAGGCUGUCACUCAAAGAGAAUCUGAUGAGUGAGGAAGAAUUUGGAUUUGGGAAAAGAAGGCUGCAGAUUUUGAGUGAGGUUAGAGAGAGUUUGGGGAGAAGAAGAGGUGGAGGAGGACUAAUUGACAUCACCAACAGGAUCAGGAUGGAUUCAUCAGACCAAAAUUUAAUCAGAAGGGAUGAAAAUCUUGUCCUCCUAAAGCCCUGUAAAAAAAAGCAAGAUCAGGGAGGUGACUCUAAGUCUAAGCUAGUAGAUCAAGGAAAGCUACCACUAGCAGUGAGAUUUUCAGACAUCAAAAAGAACAAGCAAGGCUCUUCUAGCUCAGGCCCCAAAAGUACAAGGAUUCCAAUUUCUUGCCAUGAGGGCAUUUAUGAUCCAUCAAGUUCUAACAACAACCAAGACAUCAUAUUGCAACAGGGGAACAGAAAGGGCAAUGGGAGAGGAAGAAUUCCAUCUUCCAAUCUGAAGAAAUUCCCCCAUGACUGGUCUAAUAAAGCAAUGAUGAACAAGAAAGAGGAGCCGUUUGUUCGUUCAAGAGCUCCUACACACAACAGCAGCAAGUUCAAGAAAUCUCCAUUGUCAAUGGAGCUACUCAACACAAGUGGCCCCACCCUUUUGUCAGUCAAGAAAUCCACCCCUUCUCCUCAAAAACAGAUGCAGAUGCAGACACAGAUACAGGCAGAAUCAGAUGCUCGAGGAUCAAAAAGGAACACACAGUCACUCAGCAGUAAAAAAAGGUAUUCGUACGACCUGCAACAACCCGGUAAUGGCGUACCAGACAGCAAUAACAGCUGCUGCGCUGCUGCUGCGGCGGAUUACAGAUGCUACAUCCAGAGGAUCUUAAAACGGACGGGAAUCAUCGACGGAGUCACGCCAUUGAAAUUGGGGAAAUGGCACACCCCCUCGCACCCACUCGAUCCCUCAAUUUUCUAUUACCUCGAACUCUUCCACCCCGUCUCCGACGCCUCCUCCGCCGCUUUAAGCCGCCGGUGCAACAGGAAGCUCGUUUUCCAGCUGGUAGAUGAAUUGCUGGCUGAAAUUCUGAAACCCUACCUGGAAUUCCAGCCUCGGAGCUCACGCAUUUCUAUUUCCGAUCAAAUUGGCUUGAUCGAUGAACUGUACGCGAAAAUUGACAGUUUUCCGGCUGCGAAUUGUCAGUUUCUCGAAGAUAUCGAUGCUUUGAUCGAUAAAGAUUUGCGGAAUCGGAAAUCCGGCGGAUUUCCGGAGGAAGAACGGGCAAAGUUAGCCGGAGAAAUUGCCGGCGAAAUAAUGGAUUCGUUACUGGACGAAACGGCGUCGUUCGGCGUCCGUACCGAGGAAUUGCAGAGACAGGAGCGUAGAGACGUCACGUGGGCUUUCACGUGACUAGAUGCCAUUAAAUGGUCCAAUUAGAAUCAUCCACGUGGACAGGAUCCGUGCUGCUGUACUUGACUCGUAUACAGUAGAGUAUAAUAAUAAUAAUAACAAUAAAAUAAUACUAUUUGUGAUGUGAAAUUAAAUAUUUUUAUUUUGCAUAUAUUUUUGUGCCCUAAAUCUUAUAAAAUAUUUAAAAAUAUUCACCAAUACUGAAUUAC